UGUCACUUUUCAGCGUGUUUACGUUUUUCGGCGUUGGGCAACAACAAAGCGCAGCUUAUAUCGGAUUUAUAUUGCUAGGAAUCAAUUUUACACCACCGUAAAGCGUGGUAGUGUUCGAAAAUCGGCCAGCAAUGUAUUGCUAGAUACAGUGUACCGUCGUAAGAAGUGUUUGUUUCAGUACCAGGGCUGAAAAAUCGAGCCUAACCAUGAGUUCGAUACAGGAGCGUCUGCAGAUGAAGCGCGUUCCACUGGAUAAGUGGUCCACGAAGGAGAAACUAUGCCUCGCCUCAUCCGUCGCAUGCAGCGGCGAUCAGAACUGGAUGUCGGUGAGCCGGUCCCUCAAGAUGCUGUGCAGCGAGAACCGGCCGAACGAUUGGUUUGCCCAAAAGUCGUGUGCGGCGCAGUACGGCAAAUUGCUCGAGAAUGUGGAAACUCCCAAGCGCAAGAAACGUACCGCUUCCGAGCGUGACGGUGUGGCGGCGGUCGAAACGCCGGGCGAAUCGAUUCUCCGCAAGCUGACGCAGGAGCGCAUCAUCGAGCUGAAGAAAACGAUCCAAGAAGAGACGCAACAGUACAUCAAGGUGAAGGAAGACAUUAUACUGAUACAGAGCGGCGUAACGGACGAGAAAAAGUUGCGCGAAAUGUGGAAACAGAUCGAGCAGGAAAAGGCGCAGAAGGAAAAGGAACAGCUACAGCACGCACAGUGGCUGAAGGAGCGGGAGGAGAAGAAGCUGGAGCUGGAGCGUCAGUGGCGUCCGAUGUAUCCGAACUCGCCGACCGCAACGAAAGCACCGACACCGCCGAUAAAAUUUAAGGACGAAACCGACGAAGAUAGUCAAGGGUCGUGCAAGUCGGGCACGUCUCCGCUGUUGACGUCGUUGCUAAAAAAUGCCGGAGAAGGAAGGGCAAGCUCCGGUGGACCGAUCGGCUCGCCGGCAUCUGCUGGUAGUCGGACGGUGGCAUCACCCACCAUAACGAAUCUGCUAACGGGAAGCGCAGCUAAAUCGCCUUCAUCGACGGGUAUCGUUGGAUUGGCGGGAACAACGGAUCUGGACGCUCAGCUAGGCGUAACAAUUAAGCAAGAGGCACUGGACGCUUCUUCGAACGCAUUCGAUGGAAAGGAACUGCACACGGUGAAACUGGAGGAAGCGGAAUGUAGCAGCAAUGUGGACGGUGCUAAUGCAACGAAGCUAGAAGAUGCGAACGCGGCCAAACCGGAAACACUGUUCGCCGAGAUGGACAGCGAAGAUAAUGCUGAUCCUGCGAAAGAUUUGAUGGACGUGCUGGAGGAUUUGAUCCCGGACGAUUUGGACGAAAUACUGAAGGAAAACAGUAACAUGAUACUGGAGGAUGUUGACCUGAAGAAUGUGGUCGAAUCGAUCAUAAUGGAGGAAGAUACGCUGAAGGACAAGGACAUCGAUCUGAUGGCGGACGCGGAAGAUGUGUCGAUGGCGGAGGUAGGCGCGGAGGAAGGUGUUGCUGCAACGGCUUCAAAAAACGAGGCACCCUCGGUGGAACGUCCUAAAUCUCCACCAACAAUCGUGUCACCGGUAACGGCAACAGCAGUAUCGACCGUAUCGGCAGCGGCCGAGGUCAGCAAACCUUCAGCGACGGUCGUGGAGAAGGAAGAAGACACAAGCGCACCGGUAGAGAGUGCCGUGGACGAGAAGGUAACCGUCGCUCAGCAGCAGACCACUUCCACCUCACAGCCCGUACCGAAGGAACCAAAGGUGGAAUGUUCGGAACCGGUCGAUGCGAAGGUGGAAAUCAUUCCGAUUGAAGAUAGUACCAGCAAUUCACCGGCUACGAAUGAUCCGUCCAGUGACGACAAUAAAGAUACUGCGGAAGAUUCAAGCGGCCAGGAGCAGGCGGAGAGUGUGAUCGUGGUGUCGGAUUCGGCUAAGGAGGAAGACGAAUUUGAAGAUCGGGAAGCGGAUGUGAGCCCGAGCGAUGGUGGUCCGCCUGCGAUUGAAGACGAAGAUUCGGACGAUAAACCGCUUGCUUCUCUGGACGUAGCGGUCGAUAGUGGUAAGCUAUCGCUGAAGGAAGAAAUGGACCAACCAGCAGUUAACAAGCCACUCACAGUCGCGGUAGAGCCGGAGAAACGGACCGUCGAGCCGACGCUUGCUUCACCGAAGGAAGCGAAAACAGAGGCAGCGCAGGAGGAACCGAGUUCGCCACCGGUCGACGAGGCGAAGGCCAAGAAGGAAGCGAUGGAAAAGCUGGCCUCAGAGUACGACUUUAAAGACGACGUUGAGCCGAUCGUGCAGCUUUCGACCCGCAAGUUAAAGGAGGAAAAACACGUGUCCGAAGAUGAAGUGUUUGUCGAUGCGCAGGAAACGGUCGAUGAGCCGGAAGAGGUGAAGGAAACCGUUGAACCGCUGGUGAAAAAACCACCCGUCGAUGAUACGGCCCUCACGGUGACGGACACCGACGACGAUUCGUUGAUCGAGAUGAAGAUUGGUAAAGCGAAGCGUGACUAUUCACGUCGGCGGCUGGCCGAUGAAGCACAGAAGCUGCGGGACGAUUUGGCCGGACAUUCCAGAAGCGAGGAAACGGAGGGACGAUCGUUGCGGAAGCUGCGCGAUCGUGAUCGCUCCGAGAGUCCGUUCGUGGCGCAGGACGAUGAGCCGAACGAGAAAAUGAAGCGUAGCUAUUCGUCCACCCCGGUGAUGGACUCGAUACCGGGAUCGCCCGCCUCGAGCGAGGACCGCGAUUAUCGCGCCUGGAAAAAGUCCAUUCUGGCCGUGUACUCGAAGAUAGCUGCGUCGAAGCAUGCGACCGCGUUCCAGAAACCGCUGCCCGAGGAUCAAACGGCACAGCUGAUCUAUCGGCCGAUGGAUUUGGGGCAAAUUAAGCGCAACAUCGAGAACGGGAACAUUCGCACGACGGCCGAGUUUCAGCGUGACGUUUUGCUGAUGUGCACCAACGCGACUAUGUUGAAUCGCGGCGAUCUCUGUUCACCGCAGGCGGCCAGCUUGCUGAUGCGGGAAAGCGUAUCCAUCAUCGAGGCCGGGAUGGAUCCGAAGGUGGUGAAGGAGCGGGAUGGUGAGCGAGGUACGCAUAAGCGUAGCUCGCGCAAGAGCACGACACGGAAUUCGUCGGCUGCAAGAAGCUAAUCCGGCGCGCGGGGAAGGGAGAGAAUCGAGUGGUAUUGCAUGACUUUAACAUGUUUCUAUGAAUAAAGUAAUAUAUACAACGAGUGAA